ACCUUAAGAAGACAAAAAUUGACAGCUUACAACUUCCACAGAUUUUAAACCAUAAACAAGUAUUUAAAAAAUAGAAAUCAACAUUUAAAAAUAAUUUUAAAAAUUUCUUAGUAAUUAUAUGAUAGUAUUUAAUGUUCAAAAUGAAUUACAAAGAAUUGUGGUUACUAGUUAAACGUAUUUUUCCAAUCUUAGAUGAAAGUAUCAAUCUGUGUCAACUUGAAGAGAGCUUAUUCUUGAAACAUGAAUUUUUUGAAGCUAUAGAUUUCAUUAGAAAUGCUAAACUCACUUUACACAUACAGAACCUUAUAGUAAGCAAAAUAGAACAAAGAUUGAGAGAUGAAGUUGCUCCUGCAUUUUGGUCUUAUUUCAAAAGUAACGAACAUGAGAGUAAAGGAUUCAUACAAUUUUACAAUGCUGUGAAAUCUUUAUUCGAUUCAUAUAGACAAUUAGAUAACACAAUGAGUAAAUUGGAAUUGUUUAGAGAGGCAACAUAUUUGAAUGAGUUGGUAUAUAAUCAAAAAGACAUGCAUAAUGCACUAAAACUUAUUCUUAAAGCUACUUUGCUAUCUCAAAUACAUUUAGAUUAUCAGGUUAUAGUAAUGAAUUUUUACAAAGUUGCUUUAAAAAUGGAAGAUGUAGACGAAAAUAAUUUUGGACAGUGUAUAAUCUGUUCACAGGAAAGUUUACAUUGCAAUUGUAUGCAUCUAUUCCAGGAAACAAAUAGAAAAUUGGGACAAAUGUCACUUUUAGAACCUCUAGUUGGUCAAACAUUAACAAAUCUUAUUUAUGAUGCAAUUUAUUUACAUAUCCAUAAAAUUUGUAAGGAUAGUUUUGAUUCAUCUUUCGUUGGAGUUCUUGAAAAGUGGGUUCAGGAUAUAAUAUUGAACUGGCUUAGAAAUAUAUACUGUUAUGAUACUUUAAUACCUAUUGAAGAAUCUAUCAACGCAUCUGAAAAGAAAUUGAUUAAUUUUUUAUAUACUAUAUAUACAAAGAUGAGGAUAGAUCAGUUGUUCAAUAUUAUAAUAGAAUAUCCAGAAUCAUUACCAGCUCUUGAAGAUUUGAGAUUAUGUCUUCCUAGAACCGACUUGAAGUCAAUGUUGACAAAAACAUUACAAAAAGCAAUGGAAACAAGAUUGCUCCAUCCUGGAGUUAGUACUCCUGAUGUUUUAACAGCUUAUGUUGCUGCAAUUAGGUCUUUGAGGGUGUUAGAUCCAACAGGUUUAUUAUUAGAAACUGUCACUCAACCAGUGCAUCAAUAUUUGAGAAGUAGAGAAGAUACUGUUAGAUGUGUUGUCAGAAGUUUGACUGAAGAAGGUCCUAACGAUUUAGCUGAGGAAUUGGUUAGGGGGGAAGCUGUCCAAGUAGAUGAAAACACACCACAGGAUGAAGAUUCAGAAGAUUGGGAAAAUUGGCUACCAGAUCCAAUUGAAACUACUCCCAACAAAAUUUCCACAUCUAGAAGAACUUCUGACAUAAUUUCUAUGUUAGUGAAUGUUUACGGAAGUAAAGAAUUGUUUGUGAAUGAAUAUAGAACUUUAUUAGCUAAUCGACUUUUAACUCAAUGCGGUUGUGAUACUGAAAAAGAAAUCCGUUACUUGGAGUUAUUGAAGCUUAGAUUUGGUGAUUCUCAGUUACAUUAUUGUGAGGUUAUGUUAAAAGAUGUGGCAGAUUCAAAAAGGAUAACUCAACAUAUUAAGCAGGACAACGAAUAUACAGAAGAAGAAAUACCUAUAUCAGCAAUGAUUGUUAGCGCCCAAUUUUGGCCUGCAUUCAAAGAAGAAAAAUUAGCACUCCACCCUAAAGUUCAAUCACAAAUUUCAAAGUAUAUAACAGCAUUUGAGACGUUAAAAGGUAGUCGCACUCUGUGUUGGAAAAAUCAUUUAGGUUUUGUUGAUUUGGAUAUUGAAUUGGCAGAUCGAACUUUGAGUUUGUCAGUUUCGCCAGUGCAUGCUACAAUUAUAAUGCAUUUCCAAGAGAGGGCUCAAUGGGAUUUAGAUGAAUUGAGCAAAGUAAUGCAGUGCCCUUCAACUGUCCUCAGAAGGAAAAUUGGAUUUUGGCAGUGCCAUGGCAUAAUAGCAGAAACAUUUCAAGAUUUUUUUUGUAUUCAAGAGGAUUUGGAAAAUAAAGAUGCUAGCAUACAAGAAGACGUAUUCGUUGAAGAUUAUGAAACAGAAUCAGCUAUGGCUAGCGCACAGGAUCAAAGAGAAGAGGAAUUACAGACAUUCUGGUCUUACAUUGUGGGUAUGCUAAUGAAUUUGGAUACAUUGCCUUUGGAAAGAAUUCAUCAGAUGUUGAAAAUGUUUGCAUUCCAAGGACCUACUAUAGAAUGCAACAUUCAGGAAUUGAAGGUUUUCUUAGAUCGAAAAGUUCGUGAACAUCAUUUAAUAUAUUCCAACGGAUAUUAUAAGUUACCAAAAUGACAAAAAAAUUAAUAAACUUAAGUAAUAUUGAAUAUUUUUAGAUAAAGUUUUGUUUUUAUUUGAUCUCAAUAAAAUUGAUUACAUAUUAUUUCUACUUUCUUUGUAAUAUAUUCUUUUCUUUAAAGAA